AUUAUCAUUCGUGCACUGUCGGCCAUAUUUGUUAUUUGUCAUUCGGAGAAGUGAUUUUGCGGAAGAUAUUUUCUUUGUUUUUAGCUUUAAGGAACACAUGUUGUACUUAUGACAUUGUGAGAUUAUGAGAGAGGGGUAUAUUGUAGCCGUUUUCACGGUUCUGCUGCCGCUGGUCGGCUGCUUGUCUGAACCUAAUAUCCAUGAUCCAGUUAUACAUUCGGACAUUUUGAACAAGCAUGGCAAGCCCAUGUUUUACGGGAAGAUCCGUGAAGAUGAGACAGCCGUUGAGUUUGAGGAGGGCAAAGGCUUGAGAGCUUCAGAUGACGACAAAAUAGGUGCUGCAGGUUUCAUCUGCGCCUAUAAGAUAAUAAAAUCGAGAAAACGUGGAAAGAUUCCAUUUGAGGUGGAGGUUCUCGACAAGACGACGGGAGCGGCCGAUAUCAGACUGAAGGAACACGCACGCCUCAACUACGAGAAACGGUUCCACUACAAGUUCCACGUCGUUGCCAAAGACUGCGGCACCCCGGCCCAUUUCUCAGACCCAGCUGUGAUAGUUGUUCGCGUGGUCGAUGUUGACGAAUUCGCUCCCAAGUUUGAGAACCUGACCUACUUCACGACGAUCCACGAGGGCAAGCUGUACGGGCGAAUCAUCACGCUGGAGGCGCACGACAGCGACCGGUCCGACUCCUACCACAAGAUCUGUGGCUAUGAGAUCCUCACGCGCGACGUCCCCUUCGUCAUCGAUGACUUCGGAAACCUGAAGAACACAGAGCCUCUUGACUACAACUUACACCGGAACUACAUCCUCAAGGUGGUUGCCAAGGACUGCGGCAACAAGCGGUCGGCGCCCGUCUUUGUGAACGUCAUUGUGGAGGAGCUGUGUCGCAGCGGCUGGAAGGACGUGGCGGAGAGCACGACGUACAUCGCAGGGUCGGGACAACAGAAGAUCAUGGAAAAAGCCCGGCUGAAGAUCUGUGACGACGAGUGUACCAGUCCCGAGAAGGUGUCGGUGCGCAUGACGCUCGCCACGAAGCACAUCGGGAAGGGCUGCGAUCGGGAUACAUACUCCAUCACUUCACAGAGGAAGCUGUGUGGAGCCAGCGGUGACAGCAUCGACCUCCUGCCAUCGCCGUCACGUGCAGCGUGGACGCAAAACCUGCCCACCGACGAUGGACACGCUGCCGACGAGAUCUUCUCAUUUGACGGCAAGACGACACACGUGGAGGUUCCCGUGGAGCACUUCAACCACACGCUGCGCGAACACUUCACCAUCGCCACCUGGAUGAAACACGAGGCCGCAGAGGGAUUCGUCUCGCAGCACCGGGCGCCCAAAGAACACAUCCUCUGCAUGUCGGAUGGAGACCAAAUGAGUCGUCACCACUAUGGUCUGUUCGUACACGGGGAGAAGCUAGUGUUCCUCCUCCGCCGUGAGGCGACCAGCGCUGAUGAUAUGGAGGUGUUCAAACCGGCCGAGUGGAGGUGGCACAUACCCCAGGUCAACGAUGGGUCCUGGCACCACUAUGCUAUCAGUGUUGAUUUCCCAGAGGUUCGACUGUACAUUGACGGCAAGUUGUUGAUUCCGGACAAGACGAAUCUGGAGAUUGUUGACGACUGGCCUCUUCACACGACGCACAAAGUCCACUUCACCAAGCUGGUCGUCGGCGCAUGCUGGCAAGGAGGUGAACAGCAGUUUGAACACUCUUUCCGCGGGUACCUUGGCGGUCUGUCGCUCCUCAAGGACAAGACGGAGAGUAACCGCGUCAUCAAGUGUCUCAACAACUGUAAAGAAAACCUUGACUUCCACGCACUCAGUGCCAUGCAGAGCGGAACCAGUGUUAGUUUCAAUAGUGAGAUGACCGAGUUCAGUAUUUCGGGGAAGGACAUCAAAGAAGUGGAGAAACUCAUCAACGAAGUCACGUACAUCAACGCUAGAACGUACCCGACACCGGGGCGAAGAAAUCUCAAGAUAGAGACCACUGUGACUUGUGAGAACCAGGCCCUCCAGUUGCCCGACAUCGAGAGUUUCGUGAUGGUGCAGGAACCCCCGAAACCCAUCAUCGUCAUCGACGGAACCUCCAACCUGACGCGCCUCAUCUACCACUUCGAGCGCGGCCUACGCAUCUUCCAGGACGUGUACAUCUUCGCCAAGCUCGAGGAUGACAAGGACGACACAGAGACAGACGAUACGUUCGACAAGGCUGAUAGACUUGCGUACAAGCUGUCGCAGGCUAAAGCUCACCAAUCAACUGAAGCGAAGGUCAACUUGAAAGACAAGUUCCUGCUUGACACAUGCUCUAUUGUUGCCAACCCCAAGUUGAACCUGUUCUACGAGCACCUCUCUCUGCCCACACACCUCAUGGAGAACCAGGGCUUGGAAUGGAGCGAGACAAACGAUGGAGUCGUCAUUACUAACGCGGACACGAUUGAGCAGUAUCUGAAGGUGAUUCAGAACAUCCACUACUACCACAACCUGCCGGACAUGCUGAACACGCGCACUCUCACCCUGAGCUGCUCGUCACAGAACCAGCGAUUCAUCAGUAAUAAACUUAAUGUCAAGCUUGUUGCCCUUCACGAAGUCCCGAAAGUCCAGGCGCCGGCAAAUGUCCAGAAAGGCUCCAACGACCCAGUAAAGCAGCAGCUUUUACAGCAGAUGAACUCAAAGAAAGCACAAGAAAUUGCUGCCACUACCUCAUCAAACUUCGGAAUGGCUGCCAUCAUCGUGGUGUGUGUUGGUUUUCUGCUCUUCAUGAUCAUCCUGGGCGUAAUUCGGAUCCGUGCCGCACACCGCCGCACGCAGGUCGUACAGGUAGACGAGAAACAGGAGAUGGAGUGGGACAACUCCGCCCUCAACAUCACCGUCAACCCCAUGGAGCAAGAGCAGGUCUUUGACUACGAGGACAACACCCUUCAGUCUCUGAGAGACGACUCGGACAGUGAUGAUGACGGUAGUAGUUUCCAUGAUGACGGAGAGAGCUCGGACGAGGAACCUCCGCGACCGCUGAACUCCUCUGAACUGGAAUGGGAUCACUCGAACCUCAGCUUCUGAGAGCGUGCACACGCAGUGGCGAAAGGCUUACGGAAGAUUACAAAGAAACAAAAAAAUAUAUAUAUUAAUAUUGAAGAGCAUCACAGCGUGAAUCGUGUCGACGUGACUUGUAGCGUGGACGACGACUGACGCUGUUGGUGCCUCCGCCGCCGCUGACGGUAUUGGGGAAACUCACUACAACAUCUCUAUCUCAGAUUGAGAACAAAUCGGUGACCAUUUAUUUCGUGGAGAAGAAACCUUCUAGUGCAGUCGUGUCAUAGACAGUUGUGUUUUCUCUGUAUGUUAAGUUUAUCCAACGAAUUGCCGUUAUUACCGACUCUGUUGAACAUUAUCGUAUUGUCUCGCCUGUUGGUUUUUUUUGUGUGUUUUUUUUUUAGUCAAGUAUUCAUGCUUUGCAUGUGACUUUCGUUUCCUGUCCUGUUCCGCAUUCGUGUGUUCAGAUACUCAUUGUUCUGUGAAGUGUUGCUUUCGAUUGCUGCUGGAAAAAAUGUUUUGAUAAAAGGUAUAGCACUGAUGUUACUAACAAUACUUGUCGACAGUAGGUAAUCACUCAUUAUGACAUUCCAGUAUGUGGUGUUUGCUUAAGGUGUAAAGCCUUCAAGCUCUUUUUAAACGUAUUCAGUUGCAUUUUAUUCUUAAAAUCAGUCUUUAAAAAAUUACGUUCAUCAAGGUUAGUAAGUUUUACAAUACAUUUUAUUCUUAGCUGUCUUGCUGCAUGUUUUAGCCUUCUGAGUUAGGCAAAAAAUAUUUCGUUAUAUAUAUAUAUAUACAUAUAUUAAUGUCUAAACUUGUGUCCCAAAAUGUAUGUACGUAUGUAUGUUGUGUGUGUCUGUUCUUAGCCCAUUUCUAAGUGAAUUCUAAAAGUGUAAUAUUAAGUGAAUUGUUGUGAUUAUUUUGUGGAAGAAAAAAAAAACAGUUUGGUAAAUUAAAUGUGUAUUCGAUUAUGAGGAAUUCCCCAAAACUAGUGCUCUGCAAAAGGCUGUGACCUUUCGUCAUUUUUAUUUCUGUGGUCAUCUAGAUUUUUAGUUUAGCUUUCUAGGUGAUCUUGAAUUCCUUACAACUUAAAUUUCGACUCCAAUUGUUAAUGCCAUUUGUACGGUAUUGUAACUAGAUCUCAGAAGCGGGUAAAUGAAUGUUUUUUAAAGCUGGGGUUCACAACCUUUCCUCAAUUUAUGUUGCUUUAUACUAGGAAUAGGAGUUGAAAAGAAUAGGAACUUAAUGUGGGAGAAAAAUGUGAGGUUCAUACCCUUGCAUACCCUCCCCCCACCCUUUUUUAUCUCUCCCCCAGUUGGGAGUUUCAUGACUUACAGACACAUUUCUGUAUACGCAACUUUCCGAUGCUGAGAAAUCCAUUUAUUUGGUUUGCCUACGUGAAUGUGUUGAUAAUAUAUUAAACUGUGACCUUUAUCAUCCUGCUGACAACCCUGUGAGAAUGACAGAUUUUACAACACAUGUUCUUAUAGGCUACUGCUCUGUAUUUCUUUUUUCAUGUAUACAAUAAUUUAUUUGCCAAAUUCCUCAUAAUCGUUUACUGUAGUUGAAUAAUUUUGGAAGUCGUGAAGCAGUGAGCAUUAACACGUAAAGGAAUUAUUAUUAUUAUUAUUAUUAUUAUUAUUAUUGAUUAAGCAAAACAAUAUUUAACCCAAUGUAUUUUGUAUGUUAUGUAAUACAAUUAACUUAUGAUUAAGGUGUGGGCAUAUUUUUACAUUGUCAUAAAAAUAUCCGUAUUUAAAAUGUCUAUAAUACUUUUUAUUAUCAGACUUCUGUAUCCUAUAUAUUUACACUUUUUGACAGAUUUUCAUGUACUUAAGUGCUUAAUUUUUUUCUUCUUUUUUGUAGUGUUUUUUUUUUUUAAUUUUUUUUUUUUUUUAAUAUACAUAUAUUUUCUCUUUUUUUUUAUUAUGGAGCACUUUUAUAAAACAACACAUUGUGGUUGUGACUUUAAAAAUAUCAAAAUAAUUUUUUUAAACUUAACGUUUUAAAAUUUAGUUAUGAAUCGGAGGGUCCAGGUAAGCUAACUCCUGAAAGGAAAAAAGUUGGCAUACGUAAUGGCUAGAAUAAGAGAGAACUGGAAUUGGAAAAAACAAAACAAACCUAGACAUCGGGUAUACCGUAAAGUUUUCAUUAGUAUGCCAUUUACAAAAUUGUUUGCUAAAGCUGAACCAAAAGAACACUUAAAGGUGACAGUGAUUUUAUGGAUAGUUUUAUAUCUGUAAAGGUUGGACACUGCCAAAUCAAUUAAAUUUGAAUAAUUAACUGGUGGUAAAUAGCACAUCGUUUACCAUGUAAUAAAACCAGUAGCUUUCAAACACUUUAAAAAAAAAAAAGGGGGGGGAAAAGGUAAAUUAAAAUUACCUUUUUUAAUAAAAAAUAAGAAAUAAUAGUAAAAUGAAAAUAAUACAUUAAACUAAAGAUUACUGUAAUUAUAAAGUUAAUCUCUCCCUAAAUGGCAGAUUGUAUAUUUUAAAAAAUGGCUUUAAUAGUUAAGUUUUAACAAAAGAAAGAAUGAGAAAAACAAAAACAAUCGACUUUGACCUAUGAUACAUACAUGUAUGGUGCUCAGUGAUCUAAAAGAGUAACAGAAAUAACUUGUGCUCUCUGCUUCAUGCCGGGUCAGUCCCCAAGUGAUAACACUCGUUAUUCAUAUCCUAACUUGUUAUUCAUAUCCUAACUUGUUAUAUUAAGAGUGAUCUUCAACCCUAUUAUUAAAACAACAUGGUACGUAUCCCAGUUAGUACUUCAAAUCAAAACUGAAGAACAUUAAAAUUUAUAGAUAUUUGAAAUCGUACAAUGCGUUUGUGGUGAGACAGAAAUAAAUAUUACUUUCGGCUUCAAAAUUCAGGAUUAUUGUGAAAUAUACGUUUUCUCUUUCAUUUUUAACACUCCAACAUAUGGACCUGUUUAAUUUAACUAUCCAUUACUUUGAAACACAAGUGUCAAUGCAAAGAUGUGAUUUCCAAAUUGUAUGUAUUAAGGGAAAACUAAUUCAGCUGACGGACUUUGCUAGGUAAUUCAUUAAUACAAAUCGAUCAAAACAAAAGUCCCAUAAUUUCAAGGAUUGACAUAAUUACUUGAUUUACCUUUCAAAUGUAAAAGGGAACAAGUUUUUUAUUUAAAAUAUUUGUGAAUUUGUAAACAAAAUAAUUUAAAAUUGUUAAAUUAAGCUGUGUAUUUUUUUCCUAUUCCAAAGAAGUCGGUUUUUUAUUACACAAUUUAAUAAAUGACCUGUCUUAAGUAGCCAUCUGUUUUGAAAGUUGAUCUUUUUAUACUCCCUUUUGAUGGCUGCUCAAUACAGGUUGGACUAUCUAUCAAUCAUACUGACCUCAUUUAAAAGAUUAAGCCCACCGAUUAAGAAACCCCCCCCCCCCAAGAAAACCCCCAAAAAGAAGAAAGAAAGACAAAAAACUCAUCCAUUCAAACUACCUCUGUUUAGUUCACGUUUCUGUCUUUAUUGCGAGUAAUCUGGUUGAUCCGCGUUACACUAAUUGUAAUCCACGACGUUAUCACUUGCGUUCUGACCCGAACGUAAAAGAUAAAAACUGUGUGGUGUUACAGGAGGAAGCUCGCAGUUGGUUUGUUGUAAAUAUCGUCUUCCUGUCAAUAAAAACUACCACACACA